GAACUUUCCAAAAUUUCGAAGUCUUCAUUCCUCUCAGCGACAAAUCACCGACGACAACCUCGACCACUUGACCACUUACCACCGUCAAGAUGAAGUUGAACAUUUCAUUCCCUGCCAAUGGCAGUCAAAAGCUCAUCGAUAUCGAAGACGAGCGCAAGCUCCGUGUCUUCAUGGACAAGAGAAUGGGCGCUGAGGUUCCAGGAGACUCCGUCGGAGACGAGUUCAAGGGAUACAUCUUCAAGAUUACCGGUGGUAACGACAAGCAAGGUUUCCCAAUGAAGCAAGGUGUUAUGCACCCAACCCGUGUCAGACUUCUCCUUUCCGAGGGUCACUCUUGCUACCGCCCACGCCGCACUGGUGAGCGCAAGCGUAAAUCCGUCCGUGGAUGCAUCGUCGCCAUGGAUUUGUCCGUUCUCGCUUUGAGCAUUGUCAAGCAAGGAGAGAGCGACAUCCCAGGUGUCACCGACGUUGUCCACCCAAAGAGAUUGGGCCCCAAGCGUGCCACCAAGAUUAGAAAGUUCUUUGGGCUCACCAAGGAGGAUGAUGUCCGUAAAUUCGUUAUCCGUCGUGAGGUUCAACCAAAGGGUGAGGGCAAGAAGGUCUACACCAAGGCACCAAAGAUCCAACGUUUGGUCACCCCUCAACGUCUCCAACACAAGCGUCAUAGACUCGCACUCAAGCGUCGUAACGCUGAGCGUACCAAGGAUGCUGCCAGCGAGUAUGCUGCUAUCCUCGCCAAGCGUGUCUCUGAGGCCAAGAACGCCAAGGUUGAUGCCCGCAAGCGCAGAGCUUCUUCUAUGCGUAAGUAGAGGAUUUUCACGAUGGGUAAUAAAAUCGUAGUCUUUGUGGAUGUUUGGCGAGUGGAAUGAAUUCUCAGCCGGGUUCAACAGGUCAAAAAAGCAUUAUACCAGGAUGCUAGAUACCAAUUUAAAAUGGACUGCAUAUUACUACUUAGGAUGGCGUUUCUGGAAUGCAAAUGAUGUGCUAUUAAUAUGUUUUGAUAUUCCCUUAUAUUGUCA